AUGGGGGAACUGUUUUCAAUAAAGAACCUGUUCAUAUGCUCGAACGAAAGAAGCGUGGAGGAGCUGCGGACGGCCAUGGAGGGGCUCCUGAAAAAGGAGAGAGCCGAAGGUGCAGGGGGGGAGGAGGGCAUAAAAGAAGAGACAAAGCAAGGAGGAAAAAAGUAUGAAAUGAUUAAGGAUUAUAUGGACGCAAAUAAAAACAACAUACUCCAUUUUGCAAUUUACGGAAAUAACAUGAACAACGUGAAAUUUAUAAUCGAAAACACAAAUUUAAUAAAUAGCAUUAACAACGAAGAGCAAAAUGGAUUAAUUAUUAGCGUCCUCAACAGAAACACGGAGAUCUCAAAAUAUUUAAUUGAACAAAAUAUUGAUUACAAUCAGAAGGACAAACAUAUGGCGAAUGCUUUACUGUACAGUCUGAUCACACAAAAUUACGAAAUUUUUAACAUACUUUUGGAAAAAAAAAAUAUAGACAUCAAUGUUAAUAGCUUUGAAAAAGGGAAUUUAUUAAGUAUAUCGAUAUUUGAAAGGAAUAUACAUGUGUUAAAAAAAUUGUUCAAUAAAUUUAUUUGUCCCUUUGUUGAGAGAAGCAUAUAUCCCCACCCACUUCUUUACAUCACGUAUAGUAACGAUAAUGACAUGCUGUUCCUUUAUUUAAGCUACUGUUUGUAUUACUGUACCAAAGAUGAUACGCUUUAUGAGAUAAACAAAUUGAACUUUGACGAAUCCAGGGAGGAGAUUUACGUCGAUUUGGGUCAUCCACAGGUGAUUCGUUCCAUUUGGGGCAAUUCCAGUUAUGACCUCAGCGCUUUUAAGGAUAUAUUAAACAUGGCAGACGAAAAUGGCACUCCUCUGUUUAGCACGUGUAGCGAUAAUGGGAACUCCCUCGGGAAGAACAUUUUCGACUACUUUAGAGCCUCG